AUGGCGGUAGAGCUUGAGCAGCCUCACCUCUCUUUCCUCACGAAUCCGACGGGCGACGCAGCCAUCGACGCCGACUUGCAAUACAUUCGGGACUUGGACUGGGCCAGAACCGCCGCCGGACUCAUUUCAUCGUGGCCUCGCGAGUUAUUGUUACUCAUCCACGUCGCUAUGCUCUCUCCUCAACCACAGCUCUUCUUGCUUGGCUCGGAUUCGACCGUUCUUUACAACACAGCGUAUGGUCGACUGCUGCAUGACCACCAUCCGCUGUACCAAGGGCGACCUAUAAGUCUCAACACAGCUCUAAUUCAACAGCUUCCCGAAGUCGAUAUACUGAGCGGAUACGCAAGCGAGAAGUCUGAAUUGAAUAGCGAUCAACAUAUACCGUUCUUCUUCUCCCGAAAUGGUCGCCUCGAGGAAGUUUUCUUGUCCAUCACUACGACAGGCCUACCGCCGUCCCUGGGCGGCUUCCACGCCACAACCUACAACGUUACCCGAGACGUGUUGGAAGUUCGCCGCGAGCGUUCUUUAGACGAGUUCCGCAAUGCUUGCGAGACUGCUUCGGACUUGGAUACGCUGUGGCCUUCAAUUUUGAAGGGUAUAUCUAACGGAGAUGGGGACAUAUCGUUCGCUGCUUUAUACCGCAUCGAGACGAGCCAAGACAGUGUGAGCGAGACUGGUCCUUCCAACGAUCAGACCAAUUCGCUAGCCUUUGCCCUCUCUGGCACCGUUGGUUCCUUCCCGGCCGCACCCUUAUCCGCAAUCGAGCCAAGUGUGGAUGAAGCAUGGGUGAAAAGCUUCUUCAGGAGUGUCGAUUCUCGUUCGCCGGUACUUCUCCAGGCUGAGAACGGUACUCUUCCCAAGGAAAUGUGUGAAGCAUCUACGAACCGAUGCUAUGGCGACAUCUGCCACCAGGCUGUUAUAUUGCCAAGUGUCUCGAACCGGACUGCCAACGUUCAUGCUGUCUUAAUCGUCGGUCUGGCACCUCGUACACCUUACGACCGCUCCUACCAAGCUUGGAUCAAGACACUCCAUCGUGACUUCUCCCACGAGGUGAUCUCGAUGGCAAACGUUGAAGCUAGGAGCCGUACUGAGAAAAUCCGGAGAGAAAGCAUUGCUAUAGGAAAUGACAUUUUCGCGAAAGAGGAAGCCCUCAGACAACAAGAGCUUGCUCGUGCAGCAGCUCUGGAGCAGCUCCAUCUCAGCGAAUCGCGGCUGCAAGAAGCCGUGGAGGCCAAACGGCAACAAGAGAAUGCUGUUAUGCACUGUGCGGAUUCCAUAGCCCACUCGCUCUCUGAAGUAAGACUUCUCCUCAACGAGUGCGAGAAGCGAAGCGUACCCGAUAAUGACAGCUCCCGCACCGCCAAUGACUUGCGAAAUCUUAACAGCAGUAUUGGCGAUGCUGUCGAUACGAUCAUGGCGUGCACCAUGCAUCAGAAACGUAUCAUCGAUGACAUCCUCUCGCUCUCCAAACUGGAUUCGAAUUUGUUGGAGAUCUGUCCGACAGUCUUCCACAUCAAGACUUUCCUGAAUCAAGUCGAAAGCACUUUCAGAGCUGAGGCUGAACAGGCUGGAGUUCAGCUUGUAGCUAUAGCUGAUCCCUCAUUGAGCGAGCUCGGCGUUGAUUGGAUCGAUGCUGAUCCGGGGAGAGUGACACAAGUACUAUUCAACAUGGUCGCCAAUGCAAUCAAGUUCACCAAGGAUAGACCCGACGAAAGAGCUGUCACUGUUCGUAUCGGAGUAGCAGCUUGGCCACCCACUGCUAUCUUCGACGGACUCAUCAAAGCAGUCCAAAAGAGUGAAUCGACUGAUCAACCGGUACUCGACGUUCAACCGUCGGACGGGUCAAUAUUCUUGUGGUUCAAAGUCGAAGAUACAGGGUGCGGAAUGGAUGAAUCGACUAAAGCGCGUGUCCUCAGCCAUUUCAGCCAGAACAUGCCCAAGACAUACAGCAAAUACGGCGGUUCCGGGCUGGGUUUGUCCAUCAGCAAGAAAUUGGUGGGCUUGCUGGGUGGCGAGAUUGGCUUCCAGUCUCAGCAACACAUCGGGUCGACAUUUGCUUUCUAUACAAAAGCAUCUAGGGCUCUACCGCCGAGACCGUCUCUAUCUACUAGAAGCUCCGAAAAGUCCAUCACUACCGAAGUACCAACCUCGCCGCUGCCUCAUGCGAUGGGUACCGCUGCGGAUGCGCCGCCGACCACCCAAUCUAGCAUCCUGCUUGUAGAAGACAACAUGGUCAACCAACGGGUACUUAAGAAACAGCUGCAACUCCAGGGCUAUAUCGUUUACACAGCCGACAACGGCCAAGAAGCGUUCGACUUCAUCAAAACUACGCAACACUGGAAAGGCUCGACCUCAUCGCAACCACGCGUCGACGAGCCACGUAUCGACGUCAUCCUUAUGGACAUUGAGAUGCCCAUUGUCAAUGGGCUUGAGUGCGCGAGUAUGAUUCGCGCUGCGCAGGAAGACGGGUCAAUCGAUAAGCAUCUACACAUCAUCGCUGUUACUGCAAAUGCAAGACCCGAGCAACUGAAGCGCGCGCGAGAGACUGGAAUGGACGACGCAGUUCCGAAGCCCUUCCGCAUGAGCUUCAAUCUAGACGCACUCUUUCACGUUGCUGACGACUUGCGUCCCGAGACCUUUUCGCUUAGCCUGUCGGUACGCAAGGCGCCUGUUGUAGAGCCCGCGGGAGGCCUAUGGCAGGAGAGCGCAGUCGAUGAAGAGCAGGAAGCGAAAGAAGAUGAAGAGGCCCGUCUGAGAACUACCAUCGCAACCUUGAGUCAGCAAUGCGAAUACUGGAAAGGGCAGGCUGAGGAACGAGGCAAGACCAUCGACGAUCUGGACCGCAGGACUGCCAAAACCGCUGCUGGAUCUGAUCUUCCGACUGACACCGUACGCCGUCUCAACCGCCUGGAAAGUGAGGUUACGCGUCUGCAAUCCGAAAACACGCAACUGAAGGACACACUCAAGACCAUCGAGUACGAAAAUGUCAAUCUGGGCAAUCAGAACGAUGGAAAGACGCGGAAGCUGAAGGGUGCCAACAAGAAGGUCAAGAUUGCUAAGGACAUGGCGGGGAAGGAGGAAGAGAAAGCCAAAGACGCCCAAGGUGACAAGCAACGCCACCUCGCAUCCGAACGCAGGAUGAAGAAGGAACGCGGUGAUGCUUUGGCUGCACUCCAGCAACAGAGAAAGCUCAACGGUGAUCUGCGCGCGGAGCUUGAGGUCGAGCAGUCGGGUGCACCUCACAUGCGCGAUGCGGCUGCGGACCCGAACAACACCACUGUCAUUAUUCCGAUUCAGUUUGAAAUCCGUCGCACCGAUGUACAACCUAUUAUGAGAGUCCUUCAGUGGCACCAGACGAAUCUCACCGAAAGGUUCAAAGAGUGGUACAAGGACUGGAAGAAGGCAGCUACCGGCGAGGUACGCAAAGUCGUCGGCUCGGAGGGUGUGGAUGAUGAGAAGAAGAAGCUUGAAAAGCUGUAUGGAGAUAUGAUUGAGAUGCCUGAUGGUUAUAUGGAGACUGCUGCUGAGCACGAUGGUUGGCGUUCGAAGCGCGCCGUGCAGGCGGUUUGUCGUCAUGCUGAAGCGCGACAUAACGGAGAGAUGUAG